AUGGAGAGAAUAUGUAUUUCACCUGAGGGUGAAUUUACAGAUGAAUAUGGAAAUGUUAUACAACUAAGAGGUGUUAACCUUGACCCAAGUAAUAAGCUUCCUAAUUACCCCCUAAUAACAACCAAUACACCUUUAGAGGAGGAAUUUUGGGACGAUGCUAAGAAUGUAUCAUUUGCUAAUCCUAAUUUAAACAUAAAAGAGGCAGAAGAGCAUAUCAAACGACUAAGACUACUUGGGUAUAACUGUAUUCGGUACUGUUUUACAUGGGAGGCCUUGGAACAUGGCGGGCCUGGGAUUUAUGAUGAAGAGUACUUGAAGUACACUGUGGAGUUUUUGCGGGUUAUUCGUAAAGUGGGGGGCAUAUAUGUGUAUUUUGAUCCUCAUCAAGAUACGUGGUCCCGUUUCUCAGGUGGGUCUGGUGCACCAUUAUGGACGUUUCACUGCGCUGGUUUGCAGCCAAAGCGAUUCCAAAUUACAGAUGCAGCUGUGCUACACAAUCAUUAUUUUGAUAUGAAGUCUAAGAAGGAGUUCAUGGAAUACCCAAAAAUGAUUUGGACUACGAACUACUUCCGGCUAGCAGCUCAAACCAUGUUCACUGUAUUUUUUGGCGGGAAAGCCUUUGCACCAAAGUGCAUUAUUAAUGGUGUUAAUAUCCAAGAUUUCCUUCAAGAGAGGUUUUUUGCUGCGGUAAUGACUUUCUACCAAUAUAUCCGGGAUAAUGCUCCGGAAUUGUUUGAGGAAAAUUAUAUUUUAGGCUUAGAGACGUUGAAUGAGCCAAGCUGUGGAUAUAUCAGCUUUAAAAAUCUAAACCAACACUGGAAGGACCAUAAUCUUCGCCGAGGCACAACGCCUACUAGCUUUCAAUCUUUCCAAUUGGGGGAGGGGCUUGCUUGUAGCGUCGAUUCUUUCGAAUUUACUGUAUUCGGGGCUAAAAAGAUGGGCAAGACCAGAAUUGAUCCCAAAGGGCAAUCAGCAUGGCUAACCGCAGAAGAAAGAAAGAGAUUAGACGAGGAAUAUGGCUGGCAACGAGAUAUAGAUUGGUCUCCGGGCUGCAUUUGGAAAUUGCAUAAUGUAUGGGGUUAUGACCCAAUUAAAAAAUAUGCUCAGCUCUACGCAUCAGAUUACUUUACCCAAGUACCAGGCACAGAGAAGGAGGUUAACAUUGAACUUUUUGUAAACAACUAUUUUACUGAAUUUUUGAUCAAGUAUAGAUCUGAAUUUAGGAAAAUUGAUAGUGAAAGAUUUUUAUUCAUAGAACCGCCGCUUUUACACAAGCCACCUUAUCUAAGAGGCUCCGAGUUGAUGGAUGGCAAGACGGUGUAUGCUUGUCAUUAUUAUGAUGGUAUGACAAUGACUUUCAAAUCAUGGAAUAAAAAGUUUAAUAUUGACACCUUUGGUUUUAUGCGUGGCGCUUAUCUAAAUCCAAUAUUCGGCAUGGUUUUUGGAGAAUUGAACAUUCGAAGAUGCCUCAGGAGGCAAUUCAAGCAAAUCAAGCACGAAGGUAGAGAAUACUUUGGUGAUAACGUUCCGAUUUUCUUCACAGAAACUGGAAUGCCGUAUGAUCUCGAAGACAAGAAGGCUUACCAAAAUGGUGAUUAUUCGUCCCAAAUUAGUGCAAAUGAUGCUUUGGGUUAUGCUAUAGAGGGAAACAACAUUUCGUAUUCAAUAUGGUGUUAUAAUCCUAACAAUUGCCACGAAUGGGGGGACAAUUGGAAUAGAGAAGAUUUUUCAAUUUGGUGUGCUGAGGACGCAGUUAGACCCACCAAAAACGUGGUAUUUUCUUCUACCACUAACAUAGAGACUCCUCCUUCCACAGUGGCCACAACAACACCCUCAGCCGAAAUGUCUGAGGGCAGUACGCCUGUUGAUGAACUCCCAAGUUUAGAUUAUAGUGGUUUCCGUGCGUUGGAUGCGAUUCUCAGACCAUUUCCAAUAAAGAUAAAUGGUACUUUCAGAAAUGCAGAAUUCAGCCUUGAAACGAAGAAAUAUCUCUUGGAAAUUAAUUCACAUGAUAAACCUGAACGUUGCACAAUCGUUUUCCUACCUCGUUACCAUUUCCCCAUAGAAUCUACGAUAGUUAAAACGUCAUCUGGUUCCUAUGAAUACGACACUGAUCAGCAAAUCAUAAAAUGGUGCCAUGAGAAGGGUAACCAAUACCUAGCUGUUGAACACAAACUGGAAACAAGCAGUCCAUCCUACCGCAGUAGUGGUUGUUCGGUAAUGUAG